GUCGCGAUGAAAAGUCUCGCGAGAGCGAAUCAAACGCACUGCUUACCAAUCGCACUCGCGGUAUUUUGGUGUCAUAUGCCGGUCGGCAUGUGCAGCGUCGCGUGAACACCUAUCUUGCCCUAAAUAAAAAACACUCGUCUUCCUGCCCGCGUUCUUGGAACUCAUCAUCAUACGCUGAGAAGAAUCACAGAAGUAACGUCACAGCAAAACGCGGCAUUUACGCUUCGAAAAGCAAGGUGUCAUGGGUUUAUGGAAGCUGGUCUGGAUUCUGUUUCUUAUGUUUUCUCAGAUGCCAGGGUUUGUUGAUGGAACGGUGUCUGUCCACUUCAAAAUUGGACGUCAGCUGCAGGUGGCUGUGGGUCAGACUCUGGUUCUGGAGGCUGAAUUAAAACAAAAUCAAGACGACAAGAUUGACAUGGUGACGUGGGAGUGUGAGAGAGGCACAGAGAACGUGAGGAUUUCACAGAACGACCGAAUAUCUCUGGAGAAGGAUGAUUCACUUCUGCGGAUCAAGCAUGUGAGACCAGAGGAUUUUGGGACCUAUAAGAUCACCGUAACCGACAGCGAUGGACAACAGGAGCAUGCCUCCAUAGAAGUCAAAAAGAUGGACGAGCCUCCGAAAGCAUCUGUUGCAAGUGUUUUGGAAUGUUUUGUGGAGGUCAUCGGCGUGACACAGUGGGACAGCCCUCAGUUCACAUGGGUGGUGGAUGAUGUUGUGGUAACCGAUCAAAUGGCGCUGAUGGAUAAUGGGAAAAGACUCAACAUCUCCGAAGUUAAAGGACGAAACUACACAUGUGUCAUCAGCAGCAGUUUGGGAAUAUCUGUAACACAUUAUCAGACAAUCACAGAAUCCCAGCCCUGUUCUAAAUACGGAGGACUGGUCAUUGGACUUUUCUUUGCUCUCGUUGUUUGUUUGGUUGGAGGGUUCUUCAUCUGGAAGUACUACAAAACCAGAAGACGGAGAGUUCCUGUGGAUGACCCUAAUGAGCAAUAAUUUAUUUCUUGUUUAUACUUUUUAAUGGUUAUUUCAGUUUG